AUGUUCACUUUCUCCAAGCUCGCCACGGCGGCAGCAUUGCUAUCGCCCUCUGUCUGGGCCACUCCCACGAAACGACAACUCCCCGCCGAACCUCAGGGUGUCAAGACAAUCACCUCGCCCAAUGGCGUCGAGAUUCGGUACAAGGAACCUGGCAAAGCUGGGGUUCUUUUGGUCCGUCUCGUCCUGCCUUUGGAGCGAGGACAGCCUGCUGACAUCAUUCACAGGUACUUCGAAGCACGCGAGAACCCAGAGACGGCGCCGAUCACGCUCUGGCUCAAUGGAGGUCCUGGUAGCGACAGUCUGAUCGGUCUCUUCCAGGAAUUGGGACCUUGCAGCAUUACAGAGGACUUGAAGUCCCAAUUGAACCCGUAUGCGUGGAACAACGUCAGCAACAUGCUGUUCCUUUCUCAGCCUGUUGACGUCGGUUUCUCCUACGGCAGGAAGAAAGAAGGCUACCAGAACCCCAAUUCCGGUCGUGUGCUCGACCAGCCGAACAAUGCAACGACUCUGCCCAAUGAAGGCAGAUUCUCCUACGUCGACCCGGACCGCUUCGAUAGUACGGACAUCUCUGCUGUUGGGACUUGGGAGAUUCUUCAGGCUUUCUUGACGAACCUGCCGAAGCUGGACAACACGGCGAAGAACAGGACGUUCAAUCUGUGGACUGAGUCUUACGGUGGGCACUACGGGCCGGCCUUUUACGAUUAUUUUUAUCAGCAAAACGAGCUCAUCGGCAGUGGAGAGCAGUCUGGUGUCCACCUUAACAUGGACACUCUCGGCAUAAUCAACGGCAUUAUCGACUCUCUCAUCCAAACACCGUACUACCCAGAGUUCGCCCGCUUCAAUACGUACGGCAUUAAGGCGAUCAAUGAGACCAUCUACGAUUUCAUGAAGACCGCCUACUACAUCCCUGGUGGCUGCCAUGACUACAUUUUGUACUGCGUGUACUCCGACAAGCGCACCGUAGCUGGACAGCGGACCUGCCAGUUCGCCACCAACAUUUGCCGUGGCUUCGUCGAGGAGCCUUACUACUACUACGGCGGUCGUGGUGUAUACGAUAUCCGUCAUCCGUACGACGACCCCACCCCACCAGACUAUUUCGAGGACUACCUCAACCAGGCCGAAAUCCAGAACGCACUGGGUGUGGACCUCAACUACACUCAGGCCUACUCCCCGUUCGUCGGCCGCGGCUUCGCAAGAACCGGCGACUUUGUCUACCGCAGGUUCAUGCACGACUUGGAGAGGAUCCUGAACAAUGGUGUGCGUGUCGCGCUGAUCUACGGUGACGCCGACUACAUCUGCAACUGGUUCGGAGGCGAGGCUGUCUCCAUGCAGCUAGAGUACGAGCAUGCGAAGGAGUUCCGUCAGGCUGGGUACGAGCCGUUCAUGGUCGAUGGCACCCAGUACGGUGAGGUGAAAGAGUACGGGAAGUUCUCGUUUAUGAGAAUCUACGAGGCGGGCCACGAGGUCCCAUACUACCAACCCAAAGCAAGCUUGGAGGCAUUCCGAAGAGUGCUUGGGAACCUGGCGUUAGCUGAUGGCAGCGAGGCUGUUACGCCGACGUACCAGACGAACGGGACGGCUGAGACGACUCACACAGAAUCAUUUGUGCCGCUGCCCUCGAGCGCGAGCAGCAUGUCGAUGUUCGCGAGCAGUGGCGUUCCGUCACCCGUGAGCAGUGCUGCAUUCUUGUAG